AUGAUGUCCGCACGACCCCUCGUUCGCUCGACGCUUCCUAGAGCGUCACGCGCCGUUCGCGUCCCCCGCCAGCAGUCCCUCCGCUUCCAGUCCACGACAGCCUCCUCAACAACAGGAAGCGCAGGCUCAGGUAGCUCCCACUUCGGAGCUGGUGUCGCUGGUGGUCUCGCCGGUGCCGGUCUGUUCUUUGCCAUCUACUCCUUCACCCCCGCGGGCCGCACCGCCUCCAAGGUCAACAAGGCCGCGAAGGAGGCCGAGAAGAAAUACUCGGCCGCUGCCCAGAAGCUGCAAGAAAACACGCCCUCCGCUGAUCAGGCCAUCGACUAUAUCAAGCAGUUCGCCUACUCCUACGUCGGUUGGAUCCCCGGUGGCCGCGCCUACGUGGACUCUGCCUUCAACGACUUUGAGACGGUCCGCAAGAACCACAAGGAGGAGGCUGAUCAGAUUGUCAACGAUGCCUACAAGCAGUUCCAGGAGGUCGCUAAGGCGGGUCUGAGCCUCGACGCCGUCCACAAGGCCUACGAUGUUUUGACCGACAUCUCAAAGAAGAUCGCCAGCCUCGGCGGCGACGCCAUCUCCGACGUUAUCGACAACCACCCCCAGCUCAAGGAGAAGCUGGGAGGCAACAUUGACCAGCUCAAGGACAUGGGCGACAAGUACGGCCCUGAGGCCAAGAAGCAGGUCGAUGAGACGUGGAAGCAGGUCAAGGAUGUCCUGGCCGGAGGCUUCACCGCUAGUAACUUUGAGAAGGCUCGCAAGCUUGUCGAGGAGAAGGUUGAGCAGGUCCGCAAGCUAGGCGACGAGGCCUGGAAGAAGGCCCUAGAGGAGGCUAAGCCCUACCUUGACAAGAACCCCAAGGUCAAGGAGCUGGUCGAGAAGAACGCCGACGCUCUCAAGCAGGGCAACGCCAAGGAGCUGUUUGAGAAGGCCAAGACGGCCGUCGAGUCUGGCGACCUCGGAGGCCUAGAAAGUUACGUCGGCAACGCCGUCGACAAGGCCAAGUCCAAGGGCUCCCAGAUCGGCCAGAGCUUCGGCCUGGACCAGUACUUCAAGAUGAUUCCCGAUGGAGACCAGAUCAUCCCCAAGCUGAAGCAGUUGCGCGAGGUUGCCGACAAGCACAAGGAAGAGGGAGAGAAGCUUUUCAAGGAGACGAUUGAGGAGGUCAAGAAGGUCCUUGAGAACAAGGCUAAGAAGGCUGAGGAGAUUGCCGACAAGGCCAAGAAGGAGGCCAAAUAG